AUGGUAAUGGACGAGCCAGAGUUUGAACCAACAAAAAUUGACAAACUUUGGGUGGAAGAAGUAUUUUCAAAUACUGAAGUAAAGGUGGGAAACCCAUUAGAUACAAAAGAUGGAGUCAUAAAGAUGACGUGUAUAGAACCAGAGGAUGUAAACAUGGACAAGGGAGUACAAAAGACCUUCAGAGACAAACACCCUGAACUAAUCGAGAUUGAUGAAGAUUUUGGUAUUAUAGAGCUGGAAAAUAAAAUUAGGCCCAACUAUGGUGACAAUAUACACAAAAGAAAAUGCCACAAGGAUGAAACAAAAAGGAUGAAACAAAAAGAAAGGAAGACGUACGCUUUGGUCGUCGAUGCCGGAGAUCAAUCGUAUGAAGAAACUCUUAAGAGCGUUAAAACUAAACUGAGAAAGUUAGACGAAAACAGCAGUAUAGAAGAUGAAGAGGCUAUGGAAAAGAUCCAGAAACAAAUUCAAAACAGAGAAGGAAAAACUGAGGGAAGUGUCUGGAAACUGGAGGAAAGAAAUGAAAAAGAAUAUAUCCAUAUCAGAGGAGUAGACGCAUUCAUAGAUAUAGAGGAAGUGAAGAAAGCCCUCAGCGAAAACAUACAAAACAUAAAUAGCAAGAAUUACAAGCUAAGUGAACUUAGACCUGCCAGCGAUAAUACGCAAGUAAUCACUCUGACCAUAAACAAAAUAGAUGCUGAAAGUCUUUUAGCAAAAGGAACCAUAAAAAUUGGAUUAGUGAGGUGUAAAUUGAAGCGACGAGUAAGGAUGAAUAGGUGUUAUAGAUGCUGGGGAUAUGACCAUCUGCAAAAAGGCUGGAAUGAACCCAAAAGCAAGGAAGAUCAGGAACAAAUAGGAGCUAAUGAACUAAUAGAACCUAUAAGAAUUACCAUAGAAGUAGCAACAAAAGGGGUAGGUACCUCUUACACGAUAGAAGCUAAAACAUCCAUGAAGAUUCUGAGAUCUCUACUAAGUAGAGGCAGGACAAAAAAUUUUGAACUCAGAAACGGAAAAUCCAAACUAGUAAUUACUCAAAAAGAAAUCAUAACAUCAAAGCUUUUAUAUGAUAUGGAGCUGUAUAGUCCAUAUACCCAAGGCUCUCGCUAG